AUGCGCACUGCUCUUACCGUCGCGGCCUUCGCCGUCGGCGCUCUUGCCGUUCCGUACAACAAGCGUGACGUUGUCACCAACGUGAACGUCGUCUACAAGACCCAAGUUGUCACCGUCACUGCUGGUCAGGAGUACUCCCCGGUCCCCAAGGUUCCUCAGCACUAUGGCCACCACAACUGGGCCACCAGCUCCGUCGAGUCUGUCACCACCACCACCGAGGCCCCGGCCACCUACGUCGCUCCAUCGUCAACGUCAACCUCAACCUCAACCACCGCUCCUGUCACCUCCUCUGCGCCAGCAUACACCGCGCCAGCAUAUACCGCGCCAGCGAGCUCUUCGUCAUCUUCGUCUUCUUCGUCUUCUUCAUCUUCUUCGUCGAGCUCCGCUGCGGCUGCUCCAACCUCGUACCAGGAGAUCACCAUCUACCACCACAACCUCCACCGCGCCAACCACUCUGCUCCUGAUAUCGAGUGGGACGAUGAUCUUGCCUCAUCUGCCCAGACCAUUGCCGAGAGCUGCGUCUACGCGCACAAUACGUAAGUGAACUUUACAGGAAUUCAGAAAUGAGAGAGUUUGGGAACGAACUGACUUGGAGUAGCGACGUGAACGGUGGCGGCUACGGCCAGAACAUCGCGGCUGGUGUCGAGGGCAAUAACAUCUCCGCCAUCAUUACCGACCUCUUCUACAACGGCGAGGAGCCGUUGUACUCGGGCAACUAUGGUCAAGCCAACCCGGACAUGUCUCUCUUCGAAAAGUGGGGUCACUUUUCUCAGAUCGUGUGGAAGAACACCACCCACGUCGGAUGCUACACUCAGCACUGCCCCAACGGUCUCGGAAAUGUUGGCAGCGACGUCUCUCCAUACUUCACCGUCUGCAACUACAAGUCUCCUGGUAAGCAAGAUCCAUGCGAUGCGGAAAAUGUCCAGUUGCUAACUCUAAUUCGCAGGCAACUUUGGUGGAGAGUACGGCGACAACGUGCUUGAGCCCCUCGGCCAUGCAAGCUGCGACUGGAGCACGGGCCUCAGUGCGAGCUCUUACUAG